AUGUUAUGGACAGGAAACAAAGCCUCUGCCACUGUUCAGCCAUUUCUUUUGCUCCAUCUAGACAUUUCCCAUGAAGCUGUUCAUACCAUUGAAGAUGCUCUGCACUUAUUUUCUGCCUCGGAAACACUUGAGGAGUACCGGACAUCUAUGAAGGGAAAGGCUGGAGUUGUAACUGCCAGAAAAUCUAUCAACAUACAAUCACUUCCCAAGAUAAUGAUAUUACAUCUGAUGCGUUUUGGUUAUGGAAGCUCUGGAAGCACCAAGUUACACAAAGCAGUGCACUUUCCUCCUGAACUAGUGCUAACCCGUGAUCUGCUUGUUUCGCCGACCACUGAGGGCCGAAGAUAUGAACUUGUAUCGACCAUAACCCACCAUGGCAGUGAUGCCUCAAAAGGGCAUUAUACAGCUGAUGCUCUUUACCCUAAUGGGCAGUGGUUACGGUUUGACGACGCAUCAGCUACUGCCAUUAGCACCAGCAAAGUGUUGCACGACCAGGCUUAUGUUAUUUUCUAUAAACAAUUAUAA